UAAACAAAAAAGAUAUAUAUAUAUUAUAUCUUUAAAAUAAUAAUGACUUUAAAAAAAAAAAAAAAACUGAGGGUUUUCCACUCGCUCUCUUGCUGCUCUUCUGUCUGCUUUGUCGCCCCCUACCAAAGGACGUUAGGGUUUUACAGAGAGCUGCAAAACGACAAUGACCACAGUCGUUCCAACCUCCGAAGAUGAUCCCGCUCUCGCUGUCGUCCGCUUCACGUCCGAACUCGCUUGGGCCGAUGCUGGUCCAGAGGUUGCGGAGCCGCAAGUGACGAGGCUUUGUAUGGAAGCGCAAGAGUGUAUAGUGAUGGGAAGAUGGUUGGAUUUAGCUUCUUUGAUGCUUACUUCUGCUGAUUUAGUGUUUUCCAAGGUCUCUGAUAAAGAUCUUGAGUGCAUCUUUACUGUUAUCUGCAAUCUUGCCUCGAAGCUUGAAAAUCUAGAUGAAUUUGAGGUGGCAAAACUCGUAUCAACGAAAAUAACUCAACAACCAAAUGACAAGCCUGCACUGCGUUUAAAGAUCUUGUUUAAUCUCUAUAAUUUGUUGGGGGGCCCAGAUAGCCGGUUCUUCGUGUACAUGCAAGCUUUAAAUUUGGCUUUGAAUGGGAAAGUUGUUGAUCAUAUUAUACCUUCUUUUAAAAAGAUUGACUUUUUCUUGAAAGAGUGGAAUAUUGGGGUCAAGGAUCAAAGGAACCUCUUCCUUACCAUUGCAAAUGUACUUAAAGAAAGCAAAAGCUCCGGAAAGGAUUCUUUCAAAUUCUUGACCAAGUACUUGGCAACUUUCUCUGGUGAGGACUCGUAUAUAAUUAGUGAAGCCAAGGAGGAAGCUGUUCGUUCUGUCAUAGAAUUUGUGAAGGCUCUAGACAUGUUUCAGUGUGAUCUAUUAGAUAUUCCUGCUGUAGCACAAUUGGAGAAGGAUUCUAAAUACGCAUUGGUCUAUCAGCUUCUGAAGAUCUUUUUGACCCAGAAGUUGGACGCCUACCUUGAAUUUCAGGCUGCUAAUUCGACCUUAAUGAAAAGUUAUGGUCUUGUUCAUGAAGAUUGUAUAACAAAGAUGAGAUUGAUAUCAUUGGUUGAUCUUGGCUUAAAUGAAUCCGGACAAAUUCCAUAUGCUCUCAUCAAGGAUACUCUUAGGACCAAUGAUGACGAGGUGGAAUUGUGGGUUGUUAAGGCAAUAACUGCUAAACUAAUGGACUGUAAAAUGGAUCAGAUGAAUCAGGUUGUGAUUGUAAGCCGCUGCAGCGAGCACAUUUUUGGCCCGCAUCAAUGGCUGUCUCUUCGAUCAAAACUAGCAACAUGGAGGGGCAAUGUUGCCAGUCUUAUCAGCACCAUUCAAGCAAACAAGGUUAUUGAAGAAGGUAUACCAGCUGGGCAAGGUACAACAAUUCGUUAAGUCAUGUAUAUCUAUUUUUUUUAAAGCCAUUUUUUUGUUAGAUGAUCUUGUUUAUCCGCAAUAGAUCCGGUUGUGAGUAGGGCAAAACCAUUUUAUUCGAACUACUUGGUUUUUCUUUAAAUCAUAUGAUCUAGUCGUAAAAUUUUGACACUGCAA